CUCGCCGUCAAUUGUGCGCUCGACUAGCCUACCACUACCACACUCCCGCACACGGUCGUCCCAACCCAACCGGCGACGGGCGACCCAGAUAUGCGCCACAUCGGGGUCGGGGCGUCCGCGAGCUCGCCAUGUACGGUCCGCGUCCGUCCCUGCGGCCUGGCUCCGCCAUUAUCCCCCUCCUGCGUCCAGCUCCAGCAACUGGUCACCUUCCCUGCCACACCAUUGGAACGGCACGCGCGAACGGCCGUGCGGACGACAAGGGCAUCGCCUCCGCAUCGCAGGCUUGAUCCAGUGAGCCGUGAGCAUGAAACAAAACUGGAAAGGCUUGCAGUAGUCACUGGUGGAAACAGGGGAAUCGGCCUGGAGGUAUGCCGGCAGCUUGCUGCACAGGGCAUAAUGGUCAUUCUCACAGCAAGGGAUGAGAAAAGAGGAAAAGACGCAGUCGAAUUCCUCAGGCACGAAUGCAACCUCUCCAACAUUAUCUACCGUCCACUGGAUGUCCUAGAUGAUGAUAGUGUUGCCUCAUUAGCCCAGCAUAUUGAGAGCAGAUAUGGGAAGCUUGACAUUUUGGUGAACAAUGCAGGAGUGGGAGGAGUUGUCGUAGACCAGGAUGGCAUGAGAGCUCUCAAUAUUGAUCCUCACACAUGGUUAUCAGGUGCAGCCGCCAAUCUGCUGGAAGGUGUGGUCCUGCAAACCUAUGAUGGAGCUGUAAAAUGUCUCAACACAAACUACUACGGAAUCAGACGGGUGACCGAAGGUCUCCUUCCCCUGCUGAAACAAUCUUCGUCAGGAGCAAGGAUCGUGAACACCACCUCACUUCGGUCAGAGCUAAAGAGGAUGCCGAACAAGAAGCUACGGGAGGAGCUGCGCGACGCUGGCUCCUGGGACGAGCAGCGAAUCGAAGCUAUGCUGGACGAGUUCCUGGAGGCCCUGAGGCGUGGGCGGCUGGAGGAGGAGGGGUGGCCAACGAUGCUGCCGGCGUACAGCGUGUCCAAGAUGGCGGUGAACCUGUACACCCGGAUCCUGGCGAGGCGGCUGCCGGAGAUGCGCGUCAACUGCGUGCACCCAGGCUUUGUCAGGACAGAGAUCAACUGGAACACAGGCGUCAUCACGACAGAGGAAGGCGCCAGGGGAGCCGUCAAGCUCGCGCUGCUCCCCCACGAUGGCCCCACCGGGUGUUACUUCCAUCAAACGGAGCUUGGGAUCGCUUGGUGACCAAGUCACAGGUGUACGUACACAGGUGUCGCCCAGUGCGUGUAUCAUUAUCUGAGGAUCACGUAUGUGUCUAUCGGAGAAUGCCAGUGCUUAUCUAUUGAUGCUGUUUACUUUGGGUUCAGAAUGCAUCUGCAGUCUUUAGGAGCCAGAAUCUCAUUAUAUGAUUUAAUUACUUCUUGCUUUUUUGUAUUGUGUUGUGUCACUGGAAUUACUGUUUGUUUUUCUCAUUAUGGUUAUAAAUACCAGGUUAUUGGUA